AUGUCGCUCUCUAACUCGUCCUCUUCUUCUUCCUCAAGCGCAUCGGCCCACUCGGCCAUUGACGAGAACUGCGAGAUGCAUGCGCCUCGCACGGAGCUCCUGGUUCGCGACUUUGGCUGGCCUUCGCUUUCUCCCCGCUAUCACGGCGACCACAGCCCCGAGAGCAAUCCAGACUGGGACCACGACCCUCUACAAGGCGAAGAGGCCAAGCAAAAGGCCGUCCAGAAGAUGGAAAGAAGCUACGCCAUGUACCUGGCCAACAUGGACGUCAAGAGGCCGAUGCGAAAGAAGAAGACCUGGGCCCGUUUUCUGCCCUGGGGGCGUUGA